UCGUUACUCAGGGACAGAAUUGUUACUCAGGGACACAGAAUUGUUACUCAGGGACACAGAAUUGUUACUCAGGGACACAGAAUCGUUACUCAGGGACACAGAAUUGUUACUCAGGGACACAGAAUCGUUACUCAGGGACACAGAAUUGUUACUCAGGGACACAGAAUUGUUACUCAGGGACACAUAAUUGUUACUGAGGGACACAGAAUCGUUACUGAGGGACACAGAAUCGUUACUCAGGGACACAGAAUUGUUACUCAGGGACACAGAAUCGUUACUCAGGGACACAGAAUUGUUACUCAG